UCUCGAGCGCCACCGGCGACUCGGUUACAACGCCUCUGAGAGGCGGCGCGCAAGCUCCCUCACCCCCGAGACCUACGCCCAGCACUUGAGGCCAGGUCGAAUCUCGCAUCGCCAUGGCCCGUACGAAGCAGACCGCCCGGAAGUCGACCGGUGGCAAGGCUCCGCGCAAGCAGCUGGCCACCAAGGCGGCCCGCAAGAGCGCGCCCGCCACGGGCGGCGUGAAGAAGCCGCACCGCUACCGCCCGGGCACCGUGGCCCUGCGCGAGAUCCGGCGCUACCAGAAGUCCACGGAGCUGCUGAUCCGCAAGCUGCCCUUCCAGCGCCUGGUGCGCGAGAUCGCGCAGGACUUCAAGACCGACCUGCGCUUCCAGAGCUCGGCCGUGAUGGCGCUGCAGGAGGCGAGCGAGGCCUACCUGGUGGGGCUGUUCGAGGACACCAACCUGUGCGCCAUCCACGCCAAGCGCGUCACCAUCAUGCCCAAGGACAUCCAGCUGGCCCGCCGCAUCCGCGGGGAGCGGGCCUAAGAAGCGCGCGCUCGGUUCCAGGUUCCAUCCAUCGCAUCCAAAGGCUCUUUUCAGAGCCACCCACCACUGCACUGAG